CUUACAUGUAUAUAACCAGCGGCCCAACCGCAUAUUUAUCGUGAGCGAAACUUCAUCCUAUCAUUAACAAUGGGUAAUCAACCCUCAGUCCCCCAACCGGGCACCAAAUUUCAGGUCAUCGGUGCUGGCCUCUCGCGCACCGGAACCUCCUCUUUCAGCGAAGCAUUGCACAUCUUACUCAAUGGGCCCGUCUACCACGGUGGUACACAGGCUACUCUCGGAGCUGAGAAAGAGAUCAAACCGUUGAUCAAAAUUCUUAAUCAUUCGCCACCACAGUCGCCCUCCGAGACACAGCUUGUCCACGAGCUGCUGAAGCAGCGCUUGGACGGCUACGCCGCAGCCACCGACAUGCCAUUCAAUGGACUGGUCAAAGAGCUAGUCGAAGUGUAUCCUGAUGCGCUGGUCAUAUGCACGGUUCGGGACCCAGACGCGUGGGUGAAGAGCAUAGGAGUUGUAUCGAACGCAGCGACAAUGUGGUUUCUGCGUUUUGUACUCUUCCCUCUUCCAGGCAUGCGCCACUUUCCCGACUUUACCGACGGCCUGGGGAAGCAAUGGGUCCAGUUGUAUGGCAAAAGGGACGGGGUUUCCACCCAAGACUGGGACGCGCACAUUUCUUACUUGAAGAGAGUCGUGCCUGAAGAUAGACUGUUCUUCUUCGAUGUCAGGGACGGUUGGGAGCCGCUGUGUAAGGCACUGGGGAAAGAGGUCCCAAAAGAUAUUCCAUUCCCGAGGAUCAACGAUGGAGAGGCCAUCGAUAGAUUAGCGAAGAAGAUGAUCAACAAGGGUCUGAUGAGAUGGCUGGCCAUCUCUGCUAUGGUGGGGGCUGCUGUUAUUCCCUAUUACUUCCUGAAGCGGUAGAGAGACUCAGUUCUAUUGACGCUCUUGUCUUGUUCAUAACUUCUUUUUGUCUCAACUCCCGUACAGCAGUGUUGCUGGGAUCAUAAAGAGCAGGAUUCAAGUGGCACGCUGGCUGCGUUGGUGAUGGGUGAGCAAUAUGCUUUGUUGGAUCUUGCUAGAAUCGGAGUCACUUCUAGUAGCUCGUGCAGGCAGUAUGUUGCCACUGUUGAAGUCCGAGUAAUGGAAAGAGACAGCCUGCAAAAGACGAAUCCUCAUAUAACCGUAUUGCGAGUCCGCCAGUCAGCUCGAGGCGGAUUCGUCUCCAUUGAGAACAACGUACCUAGAUACUUUCCACACAUCCAGAUGAUGCAAUUUCCUUCCU